AAAACACUGGCGUAGAAACGGAUAUGUUUCGUAGUUGAAGACUGUUUUUCUUCUUCUUGGAAGGCACUUACCUAUCCUAUUUGUGUAUUCAUGCAGUGAUAGUAUAAUCAGAACUAAUUGGGACAUUUUCAACGGAAUGUAGUUAAUUCUCUACAACUUAUAGCAAGUUUUGGUGAUUGUGUUUAAGCAAUAAUUGGCUGGUUUGGUCACCGUAACAACCGAAGUUUUACUUUUAUUUCGUAUAUAUUAUUUUCUUUGUAAACAUGGCAUAUAUGAACUCAUUGGUACCAGCUAGAUUUCUGAGUUUGAUUGCUCAUCUUGUAAUUCUAAUAACUAUACUUUGGGCAAGGGAUGCUAAUGUUAAAGCGUGCUUACCACUGGAGUACACUGAUGAACAGUAUUCAGCCAAAGACACAGAAUUGAUAAUUGGUUUAUCACUAGGUAUUGCAUUCAUUGGAAUUGAACUCAUUUGUUUUAUGAGUGGUACAACAAUGUUCAUGCAUUCACAGAGUUUGAUAUCAAUUGGAGCCCAUGCUAGUGGUGCUGUAGCUCUCUCAUUUUACUUAUUUGAAGAAUGGCCUUGUGAUACAUUCUGGUGGAUAUUUGGAUUUUGUAGUGCCUUUCCGUUCUUCACAGAGAUUUUGACUGUGAUUGGUGUUGUAGGGUUGGGAAGACAUUGAUGAUACAAGUAGACACACAAGACAUAUAUCAGUUACUUGUUUCAGCAGUUAUAUUUCUGGUCUGUUACAAAAGCAGGUUUUGGUUCAUUAUUAUGGUACAUGGUAUAAAAAUAUGAACUAAAAACAAACCUCAUCUCAUGGCCCAACAAAAUGUAUUGUUGGCAAAAUUCAGUUCAGAUCCCUUUCAAUUUAACUUGGCCAAAAAGUUAGGGCUCUCGUAAUUUAUACUGAAACCUAACAUAGUUACUGGUUAUCAACUAAAUUGUUAUCAUCUUCACCAUAAUAAAUCCCAAAUAACAACUAAGACUGGAGGUACAUGAUGC